AUGAAAGGACGACCAUUUAGAAGUGAAAGUAAACGUGAAGAACAACAUGAAAAGCAGUUAAGCAAGGCAAUCGAUGAAAAUUCACUUGAUGUGAAUAAUACUGAUUCUGUUUUUGAUGAAAAUCAAAGGAAAGGAGAUGCAGAAGAGGAUGAAAAUGCUGAUAAGUCAACAUCUGUUACUACUGAUGAUGUUAUUUGUCCGCAAUUGACUGAUGAACGUAUGCAUGAACAAAGAAAUCGUGAUGGUAUAAUUCUGGCUGAUAAUUUACCGAAAGUUGAUCCGAUAACACGUAAAAAUAUAAGAGACGAUCUUUUUCAAUUAAUUCAAAUGUUGAAUGAUGAUUCAGUCGACCAGAACGUAGCCGAAGAACUGAAAAAAUCUACUAGUCGUUUUAUUCAAUUAACAACUUCAAAUUUUAGUAAUUCAAACGUAUCGUUAUCGUUAUCAGUAGCACCAACAACAACUUUUCAACAAGAAUUACAACAACUUUUCAACAAGAAUUACAACAACAACGAAAUGAUAAUCCAACUGAUGGUUUUUUUCAACGAAAAAUUUCUUUCGACAUUUUACUGUCGACCAAAGUUGAGUUUACCUUUCACAACACCUACUCAACAAAAAGUAUCGCCAAUUUGA